AACUCCCAUCUCUUUUGUCUCUCUGAAUAAAAAGGAGUGAAGAAGGGGAAGAAGAAGAAGAUAAGAGAAGAAGGAAUAUUCGAAAAAACCCUAAACAAACUCUCUUCAAUGUCUUCCUCCACUCUCCAAGCUUCUCUUCUCCUUCGUCCUCCUCCUCCUCCUCUCCAUUCCUUCAAACCUCAUCAUCAUCGUCCUCUCCUCUCUUCUUCUCUGCGUUUCAACCCUCAAUCUCUCUCCAGCUUCUACCGUCUUUCUUCUUCGAUUCUUCGAUUCCACCCCAUCCCUUGCUCCCUCCGCCAAGACAAUGUCGCUUCCGAUUCCGAUUUCCUUCCCAACGAGGAGGUUACGGAUUCUCCAGAGAGCAGAUUGGUUCCGGAAUCAGAGACAAACGAGGGGACGAAUGAAGAAACGAUUAGCGGAGGAGGAGAAGACUCGGAGAAGAAGAGUAAGUUUCAGAUAGUGGUGCUGAUGAUGGGAGUAUGGGCAGCGAUGAAGAGAGCCAUAGAGAAAGUGUUGGAAUGGGAGUGGCUGAGCUGGUGGCCUUUCUCUCGCCAAGAGAAGCGUCUCGAGAAGCUAAUCGCCGAGGCCGACGCCAAUCCAAAGGACGCUGCUUUGCAGGGAGCUUUAUUAGCUGAGCUCAACAAGCACAUUCCUGAGGCUGUUGUCCAACGGUUUGAGCAAAGGGAACACGCUGUGGAUAGUAGAGGAGUUGCUGAAUAUAUUCGAGCUCUUGUCGUUACUAAUUCUAUUUCUGACUAUCUUCCUGACGAACACACCGGCAAGCCAUCCACUCUUCCCACACUGCUGCAAGAGCUGAAGCAUCGUGCAUCAGGCGAUAUGGAUGAAUCUUUUGUCAACCCUGGUAUAUCUGAGAGGCAACCAUUGCAUGUUACCAUGGUUAAUCCGAAAGUUUCAAACAAAUCAAGAUUUGCACAAGAGCUUGUCUCUACCAUCUUGUUCACAGUUGCUGUGGGAGUAGUCUGGUUAAUGGGUGCAGCUGCUCUGCAAAAGUAUAUUGGAAGCCUGGGAGGAAUUGGAACUUCGGGUGUUGGUUCAAGUUCUUCAUAUUCCACAAAAGAAGUUAACAAAGAAAUAACUCCAGAAAAGAAUGUCAAAACGUUAUGUAAACUGACAUGUUUGUUGCUGCAGAAUGUCAAAACGUUUAAGGAUGUAAAGGGUUGUGAUGAUGCAAAACAAGAGCUAGAGGAGGUGGUAGAAUAUCUGAAAAACCCAUCAAAGUUUACCCGUCUUGGAGGAAAGUUGCCAAAGGGAAUUCUUCUUACGGGGGCACCUGGUACUGGAAAGACAUUGCUGGCUAAAGCCAUUGCUGGAGAAGCUGGAGUACCCUUCUUCUAUAGAGCUGGAUCUGAAUUUGAAGAGAUGUUUGUUGGGGUUGGAGCACGGCGUGUGAGAUCCUUGUUUCAGGCAGCUAAGAAAAAGGCGCCCUGCAUCAUUUUCAUCGAUGAAAUUGAUGCUGUCGGGUCCACGAGAAAACAAUGGGAAGGGCAUACAAAGAAGACAUUGCAUCAACUACUCGUCGAAAUGGAUGGUUUUGAGCAGAAUGAGGGAAUAAUCGUUAUGGCUGCUACAAACUUGGCUGAUAUACUUGAUCCGGCCUUGACAAGACCGGGUAGAUUCGAUAGGCAUAUUGUGGUCCCUAGCCCGGAUGUCCGUGGACGCCAAGAGAUUUUGGAACUCUACCUCCAAGGCAAACCUAUGUCAGAUGAUGUGGAUGUUAAAGCUAUUGCUCGCGGGACUCCUGGUUUCAAUGGUGCUGAUCUUGCAAACCUGGUUAAUAUUGCUGCCAUAAAGGCAGCUGUUGAAGGGGCUGAGAAGCUAUCCGCUGAGCAGUUGGAAUUCGCAAAGGACCGAAUAGUUAUGGGCACAGAGAGGAAGACGAUGUUCGUAUCAGAGGACUCGAAAAAGCUCACUGCCUACCAUGAGAGUGGUCAUGCUAUAGUCGCUUUGAACACGAAAGGUGCACACCCGAUCCACAAAGCAACAAUAAUGCCACGUGGAUCUGCGUUGGGAAUGGUUACGCAGCUACCUUCAAACGAUGAAACAUCAGUGAGCAAAAGGCAGUUAUUAGCUCGUCUUGAUGUAUGUAUGGGAGGAAGAGUCGCAGAGGAGCUCAUCUUUGGCCAGGACCAUAUCACCACUGGAGCAAGUAGCGAUCUCUCCCAGGCCACAGAACUUGCUCAAUAUAUGGUAUCGAGUUGUGGAAUGAGUGAGGCAAUAGGACCAGUUCAUAUAAAAGAAAGACCAAGUUCUGAAAUGCAAUCACGCAUCGAUGCAGAGGUUGUGAAACUUCUUCGUGAGGCAUACGAGCGAGUGAAAUCUCUCUUGAAACGGCAUGAGAAGCAGCUACACACGUUAGCAAACGCACUUCUAGAGUAUGAAACGCUAACCGCAGAGGACAUAAAGCGUAUCCUCCUUCCAAAACAAGAAAUAGACAAGUUUCAGGAGAAACAAGAAGAAGAAGGAGACUUGGUAUUGGCCUAGUCGACAUUAUUUUAUUAUCAUAAACACACACCUUUUUGGGUGAAAUGGGGACAUUCAAAACUUUUGUACAGAUUAUGUCUCCUGUAGCUUAAAAUUUCCAAAGGAAUUUGUAUUUGUAGUUUUUGUUCCAUGUUGUGAUUCUCCUCAAGGUUAUUACAAGUUCUCUUUAUGUUUUAA